UGCACAGCAUAGCAGCGUGAGCGCGCAUCACUUCCUGUGCAUGCUGGGCGCUUUCAACUCCGACAGGACAAGCGUCGGAGUCGACGAAGUCGUAUAAAUAGACAGGAGUAACGGAAUAUCUGAGGGAAUAGUCCACCAAACUGUCCGAGAUUCCUCAGACACUGACUCCUGUCAUUGAACCAGCUGGCGUUGAACGGGGUUUUGGACCCUCCCCCUGCACGAGGACAGAAUGAGACAAUAGCUGGGGGUGUUGGAUAUCAUCCCUCCCCCCCUCCUCUUUGUUUUCCCCUCCUACAUAUCCAAGAAGCAUAUCCAUAGUCACUAUCACACGCCAGCACACUACAAAACAAUACCUUGGACUUCUGUGGCUCACGCUCUUUACUUUGUAGUGACCAUGAGACUUUUAGAGGACUGUUGCUGUUGAGAGCUUCUGGGAACAAAACCAGUUUCUUUCAGCCAGACACAUCCUUCCUACGGCUUUGGUGGAGCUUGAUGGAAGCUCAGUAGAUCACAGAAUCAUGAAAACACCAGAGGAACACUGGGAGUUUCCAUUUGGAGUUGUAUAUUAAUAGGCUGAAAGACUGCCAGUGAGCAAAGCAAAUCUAAUUCAACCUGCAGCAGUCCUGAACGUCUGUUAGAAUAAAUGAUACCUAGCCUUUUCAUCCAUCAUAUCUGAAGUGCCUUGUGUUUCAUCGAACUGUUUACAUCUACUCCACAUAUCUAAUACAUCUGCAACAAUUGAAACAAUUGAUUUUGUUUACAUAUCCUUAGGUUUUCAUAUCAGUUUCAUUUGGUUUUUUUUUCUGCAUGCAAGUAAAAGUUUGAAGUAUCUGAGAGGAAUGAGACCACCGUAGAGUCCCGUUCCUCAGACAUAUCCAACCUAAACGCACCAAGACUGUUCAUCUGACUCUUUAACGUUGUACACCGCUUCCACUGAACAGUUCCUUCACCAUGUUCACGCUGCAGUCCAAAUGGCGCUAUCUAAUCAUGUUCUUGGGCGUCCAGUUAGUGGUCAUGGCUCUUCUCUCUAGAGAGGGCUACCAGAAAAGAGUGUCAUAUUUUUUCCGGAUUUUCCGCAAGACUGAUUCCACGUCGGGACACACAAUCGGUGGACGCAACCACACGGAUGUUUAUGCCAACCUCUCCCUUUUGGGCCCUGCUCUUAAUAAAGAGGACAUGCCCUACUGCCCCAAGCAGUCUCCUCUGAUUGGUGGACCAAUUCAUGUCACUUUUCCGUCUGGGCUUACGCUUGCCGAGGUCGAGAAGAAGAAUCCGCUUGUCGUUCGCGGAGGGCGUUAUAGGCCGCCGAACUGUGAGGCUCGCCAUCGCACUGCAAUAAUCAUUCCCCACAGAAAUCGGGAACACCACCUCAAGUUCCUCCUCUACUAUCUACAUCCCUUCCUACAGCGCCAGCAGCUGAACUAUGGCAUCUAUGUCAUUCACCAGGCUGGUAAUUAUACCUUUAACCGAGCAAAGCUGAUGAACGUGGGAUUUCGAGAAGCCAUGAGGGACGAGGACUGGGACUGCCUCUUCUUUCACGACGUGGACCUCAUUCCCGAGGACGACCGCAACACCUAUGUCUGCGACACUCAUCCCAAACACGCUGCCAUUGCCAUGGACAAAUUUGGCUACAAGUUGCCUUAUAAGAUGUAUUUUGGAGGAGUGUCGGCUCUGACCCCUGUUCAGUACCUCAAGAUGAAUGGUUUCCCAAACAAUUACUGGGGCUGGGGUGGAGAGGACGAUGACAUUGGUGUCCGGGUCUCGCUCGGAGGAAUGCUAAUCAGUCGUCCGUCUCUGAAAGUGGGCCGAUAUAAGAUGAUCAAACACAAGCAUGACAAAGGCAAUGAAGUGAAUCCCAAAAGGUUUAACAUGUUGGCCAAGACCCGGCACACAUGGAAAGAAGACGGCAUGAAUACCGUGGAGUACGAGAUCACGUCCCGGGAUUACCAGCCGCUUUACACCAACAUCACGGUCAACAUUGGCACCGAAGCAGGCCUGCACACGACCAAAAAAAAGCCUGCUUCAUAGUUGACUCCCAGCGUUCUUGCGGGUCCCGGAGGCGCAAGUCUUAACGUCAACGCCGCACUGCCUGCAGACCACUUCACCCUCAUGCACAUGGCCAGUGAAUUCUAGGGACGUCAUGCCUUUACUGCACCGCACACCUUCUGUUUCCUCUGUAACAGUGGUGCCAUCUAGUGGUCCCGUGAAUCUCUGUCUUUCCUCCUCCUCCUUUUUCUCCAAAGUUUUACAUUUUAUUCUGAUCCUGCGCUCACUGGUUCACUUUAUCGGUCAGGAUGCUGCAGAAACUUCAUCAACCGGUCCACGCACUGAUCGCUUUGCAGACUCCGUGACGGACCAAUCUGCUGGAAGUGUGUGCUUCCUGACAGACAGACUCUUCAUCUAUCCUCUGUGCCCAUGGGCACCAUUUAAAAGCCUCCGUUGCCUUAGAAUCAAGCUGCACUCUCUCCUUACAUUUCUUUCAUGAUGACUGAAGCAUAGCUUCGGGCGCCCGUGGCUUGACGUGUCUCACUGGGUGAGGCCGAGUCUUAGGGAGGGGUAAAAUUAGUUUUCUGCCACGUGACGGAAAUAGCGAAGCAGGCCGAUGUGCUACGUAAGCAAAAUUGUUUGCUGCACUACUCUGUGAGUCUGGUGCAUUUCCUGUUCGGUAAAUUAGUACUUUCGAUUAUGUACUGUAUUGCUAUACUGGCGGGUGGAUGGAUAUUAUACAUAUCUUCCAUUUCGAGUAUCUCAGUCAGAACUGGCCACUUUGGUAGUAAUAACCACUUUACAUAUACAGAUGUCCUCCUAUUUUUUCAGUUAAUUUUUUUUAUUUCUGAAUUGUCGUAAUUGCCUUUGAUUGUCUUAGUAAUAACGUUGGCUUUUAUAAUCAACGUGCUGCCUCUCACUUCAUGAAUUACUCGACACAUUGUAUUUUAUCUGCAUGGUUUUUGUUUAUUUUUUUUUUUUUAGGAUUGGCUGGUUACGUGCGGUUUGCUUUUGGAUUAGUAAUAGGCUUGUUGAAUGUAGCUACAUCUCUCCUUUUGGUGAGAGAAUGUCACGUCAGUGAACAGCGCGUCGUGCUGUGCUGUUGGUCGGCUUCGUGAGGACUGUGUACUUCAGAAGUCCCGAAGUCUUUGUCCCUUAUUCCCAUUUCGAGUCCCAACAUUUGCUUAUUCAAAGAUACUGCCUGAAAAGGUACUUACCUUGUUAACAGAACUUUUUUUUUUUUUUUAAAGACUUUCACUCAUAAAAACGCAAGCGUAAAUUGUUCGUGAAACUAUUUUUAAGUAAAUUGUCCCGUUGAAUAAAAUGCUCUGGGAACACCUGAAAAAUAAUUUUAACAUACUUUGUUGCAUUGUUUCAAAUACAUCAACAUUCUUAAAACCAUUUGUACAUAUUUGCUUUGAAUCAAAUGCACUAACAUUUGUAAAACCAUUCUUAUGUAAAUUGUUGCAUGAAGUUAAAUUAAAUUCGAACGUUUGUAAAAUUUUUAGGUCAUUUGAUUGCAUUAAGAUUCAUAAAAGCAAUUUUUGGUCAAUUCUUAAAUUUGAUUUAAAUGCUCUAAUAUUUGUACAUUUCAAAUAAUUAAUCAAAUGUGCUAUUAAUCAUAAACCAUUCUUGUGUAAGGUGCAGCAUUAAAUUCAAUUAACCAACAAACUAUUAUUGCAUUAAAUGCGCUAACAUCCUAAACAUUUAGAUGCAUGUUGUUGCUUUCAGUUAAAUGCACUAAUAUUUGUGAAAACAUUCUUGAAUAUAUUGCUGUUAUGAAUCAAAAUAAUUUUAAACAUAAAUUGCUGCAUUUAAUAAUACGCUAUUGUAUUAAGAAAGUUGUUGCAUUCAGUCAAAUUUGUUAAUAUUGAAGAAAAUUUGUUUGCAUGCAUUUACUUACAAUUGUGUGUGCUAGUAAUAAUCACAAACACAAUCACGUGCAAUGCAACCAUUUACACUGAAAUGGUUCCAGACAAUUUACACUUGUCGUUUUGCUUGCUUUUCAGAAAUGAGAUCCAUUUUUGGUAGUCUUAAAAUUUUUUUAAUAAAUAAAUAAUUCUCAACCGUUAAAACUUACACCUCUGACACAGACGGGGAAAAAAGAAAUUAUUUUUGUAUGCUUCAGACAUUUCAUAUUUAAACAUGCAAAACUUUGCAUGCAAGUAUCAGUGCUGAAAUUUUGCCUCAACUGGGUAACAUUAACCUUAUUUUUUGCCAUGCCUUGUUUCUGUCUAACCUCUAAACGUCUUCUGCAUAGUUCAGUCCUCUCUGACAUUCUCUGACAGUCCAGUCACCAGAUACGCGGAUGGAUAUGUGCAUGUGGAUUUACAUUUGUGAUACUGAGAGAGCUAGAUCAUACAUUGUUUUUCGAAUGCUGCUGUUUUCUGUGUGAAUGUGAAAGGUGGCUCCCCUCUUUACUAGCUUGUAUGCUGUUGGGAGCUUGUGAUGGAUCAUUUAAAAAAAAGAAAAAAAUGGGUGUUGGGUCAUUUGAAGGAUGUAAUUGAGGCAGAUAUACCAAAAAUUCUUUUUCUUUUUUUUUAAGCAGCAUGUUUUAUUUUUUGCUUUCUUUAGCAGUAGUUUUUUUUUUUUUUUCGAAUUAUGAAAGUUUAAUUGCCAGGUUAAUUAAAUCUGUCCAUUAUACACGCCAUUAGGCUCACAAUGAAUAUCACGUGAGUUUAACCUCUGUAAACAUUUCUGAUUUGUUGUUUUGGGGAUGUAAGGUGUGACUCGAGAUGUUUCAUUCUUCACUUUGAGAAUUUAUAUUUGAUAACUAUUCGCAUCACCAUAAUAGAAGGUACUUAGAAAACUCUGUUGUUCAGCUGUGAAUGAUUAUAGUUUGACGUGACAGACUGCACAUUACUCAGGUGGGGUAAUGGAUCCGAUGUUUCUAAAUGUGCCUUAUCGGGCGUAUCUGGAGUUCUUCAGUGGGCAAUGCUCUGAACACAGGGCAUGUUUUUCUUUGAGAAGUCUGCACACUACUCAGCGGCCUUAUGAUGAUUUAAUAAAAGAAAUGUUAAUGUA